AUGCCGGUAAACGAUUAUGGCGUGUGGAAAGCAAAUGCUGUUCACUACGUUAUCGAACACCGCGAGGAUAAGUCAAAAAAUCCACACUUAUUACUAUACAUCGAUGAUCGAGGCGAUACCACCAACCAUGCGUAUUACCACUCUCGCCACAGAUCGCACAAACCCAGCCAAAGGAACAAAGAAAUACCCGGCCUCGUACGAGCAGUGAUCAACAUCAGGUCUGGAGAGAAGGAGGAAUCUCGACUCGCCUAUUGGAUAGACCACAACUAUAAUGAUCACCCCAUUAUCAACAGUCUGGCCGAUCUCCCGUUAGGCUUCCAUCCUCUAGCCGACGCAAAACAAAGUCCUGUCGGCCUUCGAACAGACUACAUCCGAAGCAACCUGUUCAAAAUCAACACCGGUCAAAUCCUAGCCCACGACGACCCAAAUCCGGAGAAUGAUAUAGCUGAUGCCAUUGAACCUGAAAUCGAAAAAGCGAUCGAUGAGCACGCCGACCUUUACCUCUUCGGCGCACGGUUCAUCGAUUUCAAGGGAAUCCACAAUCUGCACAUGAACCAAGGCAAUAUCGAUGAAUGGAAGCAUGAUGACGGUGUGUUCCAAGAUGGAGCCAUAUUGAUUCAUUACCCAAGCUCCAAUCGUUGGCUGGCUUUGUUUAUCGGGUUCGCGUCACAGGCUGUGCACACGGAUGACUCCUCGGGACAUGCCAUAGCGUCCGGGGUGUGGAGUAACUAUCUCAGCCAUAUAGGAACACACGUCAACCUGAUGAAUUCCGUGACAAUCGACGAAGCCUCGGUCAACUCUAUUGGCAGCCAACCCAGACGCAGAUCGGUUACUCUUACAAAUGUGACAAACCACAAAAAACCUGUGUCUUCUUGGAAGAUCAUGAACUCCACUGGAGAAUUUCAGACACUGCCGGCCGAUGCAUUUUUAGAUGCUAUGGCAAGUCAUUCUUUCGACAUUCCGGAUGUUCCCCUUUCGGAUCAUGGCGAUACUAUCACAUUGAUGAAUGAGCAAGGAUUGAAAGUUGAUGGAGUGAGUUAUCGACCUCAACAUGAACGUAUUGAAGGGCAAUCGGUUAUGUUUGCCCAUUGA